CCCAGUUAAGUGCCCGGCUGCCUGUCAAUAUUUGCUAGUGCUGAGCUGCAACCGUUUGUUUUGUGCGUGUUAUAAAAGUGAUUUGUAUGAGUUUUUAACUUGUUUAAAACGGAUUCUUGCAUUAGACAUUGCUAUGUCUGCUGGAGCAACAGUAACAGUUACAACGGCGGAAACCCCCGGACGCAAGAACCACAAGGACAACAACCGACGCUCGUCGACGACCAGCAGCUGAACCUGCACGACACAGCAUGGAAAAAUUAAUCCACUUGGAAACUUUGGCCAAAUAAACUGAGUUCCUGAGUUUGUGACUGUCUGAGUCCGCGUGUGUGUGUGUGUGUUUGUGACGACGAUCCAACGGUUGUUGGUUUGGAAAACAAUCAAUGCCAAAUUGAUGAACUGAUUUAUGCAAAUCGGAUUGCGAACCUCCCCGGGCAAUACACACACCCUCUUCCCCCACUUCCUCUUCCCUACGGGGGUUCCGGAACGCCAGAAGCCAGAACCGGCAGUCACGUACCACGUGCGCGCCGGCCAUAAUCCUUCCACGUGGUAGCAGUGUGCUUUCCUCCCUUCACCGUCAGUUUGCGGAAAACGAAUGUGCAAUAAUUUAAUCGAAUCGUGAUCUUGUGGAUGUGUGAUUUUUGGUGGAAAUCAGCUUAAUUUAUAUAACACAGAGAAAAUAUAUAUAUUUUUUCCGAAAAGAAACAAACAAAGAAGAAGCAAUGCAAGAAAAUAGUGUGACAGUUCCGGCCGGAACCGGAAGCAGUAGUGGGAGUGGCAGUGGGAGCGGAACAGCAGGUGUAGGAGCGCUUGGUGCUGCUGCUGCAGCUGUUCCCACCACCGGACCGACGCCAGUGUCUUCGCCAAGCAAUAGCAACGCCAGUAACGCGAGCGGAACGACGACGGGACCGAUUAGCGAUGCUGACCAGGCGCAGUUUGAGGCGGACAAGCGAGCGGUGUACAAACAUCCCCUGUUCUCCCUGCUAGCGUUACUCCUGGAGAAAUGCGAACAGGCAACGCAAGGCUACAUUCCCUCCUCGACCUCGUCCAGCCCAAACGGGUCCUCGAAUGGGCCCAGCGACGGGGACAGCUUUUCCCGGGACGUUCAGGCCUUUGUCCAGAUGCUGGAGAAGGAGAAGCGCCCCCUGUUGACCAACAACUCCGAACUGGACGGCCUUAUGAUCAAAGCGCUGCAGGUGCUGCGGAUACACCUGCUCGAGCUGGAAAAGGUGCAGGAGCUGUGCCGGGACUUUUGCACGCGCUACAUCGCCUGCCUGCGGGGCAAGAUGCAGUCGGAGAACCUGCUGCGGUCCGAUUACGCCCUCGAGCACAACAACAACCUGUCCAACUCGAACAGCCCGAUCAACAGCCCGGAGCAGGACCUCUCCGGCAGUGCUCAAGGAUACUACCAAAAUGCGGACUAUCUGUCAGGAACCGAUACCAAUGAGUACAGCAAUAUGCAAGGAAACGGCCAACUCUCCGUUCAACAACCACCGAAACAUCCCGUCCCGAUCCCGGCACCGAUUCCAAAUCCCGCCAGUUUCACCCAAUUUCCCCACAACCUCCAACCACCCACCAUCCCGGGAUCCACUCCCCUCGCCCAAAUCGGCAUCCCUCCCCCUCCGUUGCUGGUGUCCGAGGCCACCAGCAGUGGCGGCGAAUCCGGCGACGACGACGAGGAGGAGGACGAAGACGACGACAUUGUCGGGUUGUCGCCGGGGGCCAAACGGGCCAUUCUGCCCAAACGCGCCACGAGCGUCUUGAGGGGCUGGUUAUUUCAGCAUCUAGUCCAUCCCUAUCCUACUGAGGACGAGAAGCGAGCCCUGGCCGCCCAAACCAAUCUCACGCUGUUACAAGUCAAUAACUGGUUCAUCAAUGCCAGACGCCGAAUCCUCCAGCCGAUGCUCGAGCACGCUUCCGACAGUUCUGCCCAAAGUCCACCUGCUCCAGCCGCAUCAUCACCACCGUUACCGCAAGCUCUUCCACCACUACCACCUCCACUUUUACCCCAGGAAAACGACUCAUCACACCUUCCCAACAAACAACCCCCGAUCUGGUCCGAUCCUUCGUUUUCCGGUAGCUCGAUCAGCUCCGCUCACCACCAGUUGGCCAACAUCGAGAACAUCAGCGCCAACAUCAUCAACCGGGGCCUGCUUCGAUCGCAGUUUCACCAUCCAGGGCGCCCCCGGUCCGUAAGUUCCGGGGAUGAGUCCGGUACCAGCAGUGACGGUCCGGGUCAACAUGGACUGGCCGUCGCCGGGGGUCGUUAGGAGGGUUUUUGUUUUUUUCGGUGGGGUUACACAAUUGUAUACUAAUUUUGAGAUGAAAACGUCUAUACGAAGUGCAACUGGAUGCCAUAUACGAAAGCUAGUUAUUAUUUUGUAAUUAUUUUUGCUUUGUUGAUUUUUUUAGUGAUUAAGAAAACAACAUAAAAGUA